AUGUUGAAAUGUCUGACAACGUCGUUGAAUGUGGAGAGGGCCAGUUCACUUGCAACAAGAGUCCUUAGAAGAGGACUCAGGGAAGUACUGGGAUUUGUUGAAACUUUGGGAAGAUUGAGGAACGUCCAAAGCUGGGUUCUUGUCGAAGAAUCCAAAUGGAACCAGAGAGAUCUCGUGAGCUUCCACAGGCAUAACUGGGAAGUCCUCCACUCUAGGAACGUGUGUGAAUCCAAGAGUGGCCCAAACAACAGGGUCGUCGUUUCUAACGUUUUCUCUGCGCUUAGCCCAGACUCCCAGACCAGUGUCUGUUUGCGAUUGGUUGGUGAAUUCACCAGCAGCGUAAAGUUCAUUGUCUUGGUAUUUGGUAACCCACAGCUGCUGGGUAGCGAACUGGGCUCUCUUAUUAUUGUAAGACUCUUCUCCAGCGAGAAGCAUUUGUCUAGCAGGCAUCAUGAUCUUGUAAGCAACUGGCUUCUUGGAGAUAGGGUUGAUCUUGUUCUCGUUGAUGAUCUUGUAAGAUCUGUUAGUGAAUGGAGAUUGCUCAACGUAACCUGGCUUGUCAACAACGGUUCUCUCAGUGACGAAACCAACGUUGUAUGGGUUGAGCUUUGGAUCCUUCUUCAUUCUCACCACAUCGUCAAAGACAACGGUAUUCUCGUAUCCGUCCACAGCAGGGUCGAUUCUGAACGAAAGCAUGUGUUGAUGGUAAGAAGCCAAAACUCUUGGUCCCACGUUGGUACCCCAUGGAACAGUGACGUCCCUGUCCAAAGGCAUGGUGGACAGAAUACCAGUGGCUCUAACGUGGAUUCUGAUCUCUCCAGCUUGGUCGAAAAUGAUGUUCACCAUGUACUCGUAGUUAGCAACGGUAGCAAUGGUCUGAACAACAAACUCUCUUCUUCUGGCGAUGACAGGGACUCCAGUUCUGUAGUUGGUGUGCUUGUACAGCAGUCCACCGUCUUGCUCGUGCAAACACACAGUGUUUGGAAUCAAGACGGACUCACCAGCAGUGUUAACUCUUCUGCAGUCCAUGUAUUUGAUGACACCCAAACAGUCGCAACCAAGCGCCAGACUGUUACCAGUGGCACCAAAUCCAGCAUCACCCAAGUCGAAUGCUUGUUUUCUGUGGAAUGGAGCUCUUGGGUCUCCGUAAGGGACAGUCAUUUCACACAAGGACAGUCUGUAAAUGACAGAUCUUCCCUUGAAGUGGAUGUCGUAGAUAGCAAAUCCCUCUCUGCAGUUAGGAACGACUCUGAACUCCCAUCCUUGCCACUCGAUCUUUUGGCCGUCCACCUCGAAAGAUGGGCCUUCUGGCUGUUGGACGAUAAGAGGCUUGAGAGGCUUGAUGGUCUCACCGUUCAAGUCUGGGUGGUACUCGACAAAUGGGAACUCGGUCCAUGGCUCAGUAUCGUUGAUACAUGCCUCAUCAACACCAGAUGGCAGGUAGUCCAUUCUGACAAACUCUUUAGUCAAGCACUCGAAAACAGGAGAGAAUUUCAGUGGCAGAGAAUAAUGGUUAGAUUCGGAGUGGUGAGCGUUGGCCAAGUACAUGUAACACUGGAUCAACAGUCUAUCUUCCACACCAUCAGUUCCGUUCAUCCAAGGGUCGCAAACAACCUUGACGUAGGAAGGAAGCUUCAAUUUUGCAAUUUCAGCCUUGACAAUAGGGUGCGAGGUUGCGAGCUUCUCGAUCUCUUCAAUGUCCUCAGCAAUCAAAGGACCUUGAACGCCCUUUGGUUGCUUUUGGUUGGUGAUGAUGUGGCCGUAGGUCACGUUGACCAAAGCCUUGUAAAACUGGAGUCCGAGGUAGUAGUACACAUAAGUGACUCUUGGAAUACGAGGCAAAGAUUUUCCGGACUUUUCAGCUUCAAGGUACUUGAGCAUGUCCUUCUUUGGAGGGUCCAGUCUGUCGAUCUGGAUGAAGUGAGGCUUCUCAGGGCCCUUUGCGGCAUCCUUGAUGAGCUGGGAUGUCAGCUGGAUCUCUUUGUCAGAAACUGGGUCGAAAGGAUGAACCAUUUUGGAAUAUUCAAACACUUUUGCUGGGACUCCGUCUUGCAGCAUGAGUCAGACUUGGACGAGUCUGGGCAUCACAGGGAAGUCCUCUGCUCUUGGAAUAUGGGUGAAUCCAAGAGUAGCCCAGACGACAGGGUUGGAAUUUCUCACGUUUUCCUUUCUGUAGGCCCAUUCUUUCAAACCGGUGUCGACGUGCGACUGGUUGGUGAACUCUCCAGCUGCGUACAACUCGUUGUCCUGGUACUUGGUGACCCAGAGCUGCUGGGUAGCAAAGUGUGCUCUCUUGGCGUUGAACGAGUCGUCAUCAGCAAGAAGCAUCUGUCUGGCAGGCAUCAGAAUCUUGUAGCCAACAGGUCUCUUGGUGGUUUGAUUGAUAACGUUCUCGUUGAUGAUCUUGUAGGAUCUGUUGGUGAAUGGAGAUUGCUCGACGUAACCUGGCUUGUCAACAACGGUUCUCUUGGUGAAGAAUCCAACGUUGUAUGGGUUAAAGUCCGUACCGGUAGGCAUUCUUUCAACAUCGUCGUAAACAACGGUGUUGUUGUAGCCGUCGACGGCAGGGUCGAUUCUGAACGACAGCAAGUGCUGGUGGUAGGCGGCCAUGACAAGCGGACCAACAUUUGUACCCCAAUUCACAGUCUUGUCUUUCUCGAUUGGCAUGGUGGACAAAAUACCGGUAGCUCUCACGUGAAUUCUGACCUCACCGGCCUGGUCAAAGAUAAUGUUGAGCAGAUACUCGUAGUUAGCGACGGUAGCAAUGGUCUGAACAACAAACUCUCUUCUUCUAGCAGUCACGGCACUUCCGGUUCUGUAGUUCAUGUGCUUGUACAGCAAGCCACCGUCUUGCUCGUGCAAGCAGACAGUGCUUGGGAUCAAGCGAGGCUCACCUUUAGAGUCGGUGAUAGUACAGUCAAAGUACUUGAUGACUCCCAAACAGUCGCAACCGAGCUUCAAGGAGUUUCCGGUGGCACCGAAUCCAGCGUCACCAAGAUCGAAAGCCUGCUUUCUGUGGUACGGAGCUCUUGGGUCUCCGUAAGGAACAGUCAUCUCAGACAGGGACAGUCUGUAGAUAACGGAUCUUCCCUUGAAGUGGAUGUCGUAGAUAGCAAAUCCCUCUCUGCUGUUUGGAACCACGGUGAAUUCCCAUCCUUGCCAGGUGAUCUUGUGACCAUCAACGUUGAACGAAGGACCUUCUGGCUGCUGGACAACCAAAGGCUUCAAAGGUCUCAAGGGCUCGCCGUUCAGGUCUGGGUGAUACUCGACCAGAGAAAAGUCGGUCCAUGGCUCGGUGUCCUGCAAAGAUGUGGCAUCGGUUCCAGCUGGAAGAUAGUCCAUUCUGACAAACUCGUUAGUGAGCGAUUCAAACACAGGCGAGAACUUAAGCGGCAGCGAGUAGUGGUUGGACUCUGGGUGGUUGGCGUUGGCCAAGUACAUGUAGCACUGAACCAGCAGUCUGUCCUCAUUGUCGUCGUCGGUUCCGUAAAUCCAAGGGUCGCAAACAACCUUGAUGUGUGGGGGCAGGUUUAA